AGGCGCUGUCUGCUGGUCAGCUCGGGGUGACUGAGAAAAGAACAGCUGGAUUAUCCACUCGCGGUACAAUGUGCUGUUGCUCAGUUUUUUGGAACUUAGCUACAUCAUGGCAAGAAUUCGCUCCACACGCAGACUACGCUGUUGGAUGGUAGACCAGGUGAAUAUCAACAGUGGGCGGUACCGUGGCCUGAUAUGGGAUGACGACGCUAAGACCAUGUUCCGUAUUCCCUGGAAGCAUGCCGGGAAACAGGACUUCCGCAGUGAAGAGGAUGGCGCCAUCUUCAAGGCGUGGGCAGUGUUUAAGGGAAAGUUACCUGACGGGAGUAAUGCUGACCCUGCCUCCUGGAAGACCCGGCUGCGCUGUGCUCUCAAUAAAAGCCCGGAAUUCCAAGAGGUCAACGAGAGGUCACAGAUGGACAUCCCCGAACCCUACAAAGUCUACCGGCUUGUACCCAUGAGUGAACAAGCGUUGGGGACUGUUAACAUGAAGAGCCCAGCCAAAGCAGGGGGGAGGAAGAGAAAGUGCAGUGAUUCAGAAAAAAUGGAGGAGGAAGAGGAGGUGGAGGUCAAACAGAUGAAAGAGGAAAUUGAGAAAAUCGUUCAUAUCGUCCUGCAAGACCAGGUCGAUAAGCCCUUAGACAUCCUGAAGAGUGAAAGAUCACAGGACUCAUACCAUGUCUCAGUGAAGUACCUGGGACGGGAGGUGCUCAAAUGUGUGGUCAUAGGCAGCGAUGUCCGGAUCGCCUACCAGCCUUCCUUGCCGGUUCCCCCCAUGCCAAUGACGGACAGGUUUCCGUGCAUCCAACUCCCAGAACCCCCCUCCACCCUGACCUCCAGCCCAGGCAUUGGGCCUCAACUCCAAGCCCUUUCAAACCUGCUGUACCUCAUGGAAAAAGGGGUGAUGCUGACUACCUCAGAGAAUGGGGUCUAUGCAAGACGCAGCUGCGUGGGCCAAAUCUUCUGGACUGGCCCACAUUCAGCCACCGUGGGACCGCACAAGAUGAACCGUGCUGUGGAGCCUGAGAAGCUGUUUGACAAAGAGGUUUUCAGAAUGGAGCUGGAUCAUUUCCGCAGCUGUGGGGGAGACCCUCCUCGGUGUGACAUCACCUUGUGUUUCGGAGAGGAGUUCAGUGACACAGAAGAUCCAUCCAGCAAACUCAUCAUCACACAGAUAACCCUACCCUGGGCUCAGCAGCAGGUCAAGGAAGCUGAAAACACUCUGGAAUCAAUGACCUAAGCAACAUUGCCAGCCAAUCAAGAGAUGUCACCAUCAAUGCCAAUGCCCACAGGAAUAUUGUAUAUUGAACUGAAAUUCGUUUUUGCCUGAAGCACUCAGAACUAAUGCCAAGUCUUCUCAGAGCCACAUGAACCACUCAACUGAAUAACACUACAUCGAAUUGAAGACUUGACUUAGGGAUAGUCCUAAGGAUUGGCCUUUAUCAAUUUAAGAUUGUGAUGAAACAGUGCUGUUCUAAAUCAUUUUCAAGUCAAUUUGGUAUGGAGUCAGAGACUUUUGUAAAUGCGGUCAUGAAUAUGGAUAGUGCUCCUGUCUUAAGACACCUUUUGGUGUCCUCAUGUCCUUACAUUUCUGUAAAUGUGUAACUUCCAAGUUUUCACGAGUCCACAAGACUUGAAAUACCCAAAGUUUGGGUGUACCAUUCCUAUUUCUUCUGUGUAUGUCAAGAAAGACAACUCACUGUAUUGAUAUAAAGGAGAGUCUUUCACAAAAUAUCAUUCUACCCAUAUAAUUUAGCCUACUGGAAUCAAAAAUACAGUGAAACUGCACAUUUUAGAGUGGCCUUUUAUUGUGGCC